AUGAACCCGCAGGAGAGGGCGUAUCACGAACGCUUCAUGCGUGAGGCCAUAAACAUGGCCGAGCGCGCACUCAAGAGCGACGAGACACCAGUCGGAUGUGUCUUUGUGAAGGAUGGCGACGUCUUUGGUCGCGGCAUGAACGAGACGAACCGCACCCUCAAUGGCACGAGACAUGCCGAGUUCGUUGCUCUGGCUGGCAUCUUGUCCGAGCAUCCAAUCAGCGAUUUGAAAGAGACCGAUCUUUACGUUACAGUUGAGCCAUGUGUCAUGUGCGCCUCAAUGCUUCGUCAGUAUGGCAUUCGAGCUGUCUACUUUGGGUGUUGGAACGAGCGAUUCGGAGGCACUGGAGGUGUGCUCAACAUUCACUCCGAUCCAAGCGUCGACAAGCCCUACCCGGUCACCGGCGGUAUCUUCAGGGAGGAAGCCAUUAUGUUACUGCGCAAGUUCUACGUCCAGGAAAAUGAGAAGGCGCCGGAGCCCAAGCAGAAGAAGACGCGCGAGCUGAAGACGGAGAUUCUCCCCAUGGACAUUCACGCACCCAAGUCCACACCAACGCCCCCAGUGCCUGCCACAGCCACAGCCUGA